AUGGAGAAGUCGACCAAGAUGGCGGCGAUGCUCGUCCUCGCCGUGCUGGCCGCGGCGACCAGCGCCGAGGCGAGGAACAUCAAGACGACGGAGGCGGCAGCCGCCAGCAAGGACGCGGUCCUGCAGCCGACGACCUUCCCGCCCUUCGACCGCCUCGGCAGCGGGUCACCGGCAUUCAGCGGCGGCAGCAGCAUGCCGGGAUUCAGCCUCCCCGGCAGCAGCGGCGCCACCUCGGGCUUCGGCGGCAUCGGCAGCAUGCCCUUCCUCGGCGGCAGCUCCCCCGGCCUCGGCGGCUCCCCCGGUCUCGGCGGCUUCGGCGGCAUGCCGGGGUCCCCCGCUGCAGCUGCCGUCGACGAGCACGCCAAGAAGCCGUGA